AUGAAGGCUAUUAUGCAGCAACGAGUGAGUAUUCACCAGAAUCAGGUGUGGAAAGAGAUGAUGAAUGCCCAAAAGUUUAGUAUGAAGAAGAUGUACCUGGCUAUUCAUGAGAGAUCUCAAAGUGUUGCUUGGAGAACCUUGUUCUAUGGAAACGUGGCCCGUCCUAGAGCUAUUGUCAACCUUUGGCUUGCUUGUAAUGAGAGGUUGGCUACCCGUGACAGAUUACAUAAAUAUGGCUUAAUCGACACAACCCGUUGUUGCUUUUGCAAUGCUGAUGAAACGCAGCAACACCUUCUCUUUAAUUGCAAUGAAACAAGGGGUAUUUGGAGAAAAAUUCUUGAGUGGAUGCAAGUUGAUCAUUAUCCUUUUGGCUGGUGUCAAGAAGUGAAAUGGAUUAUGCAGCAGACUAAAGGAAAAGGAGGUCGUGCUAAGAUCCUGAAAUUGGCCUUUACUGAAAGUGUUUAUGAGAUUUGGAGGUAUAGAAAUGAUGUUACCUUUGAUAAUGCUACCCAUAACAAGCAUACCGUAGAGAAAAUAAUUGAUACUAUUGUUUAUAGAGGUUGGACUAAUAGGAACUUAAGAACACACCUAGCUAAACUCUUGAUGUAA